AUGACCAGUGAGUUUGAGUCAGAUAUUAUUCAUACCGUAGGCCCGGUAGGUGAGAACCUCGAGCAACUGGAGUGGUGUUAUAAGUGUUCAUUGGAUUUAAUUGCAGAACAUAACCUAAAACCGAUAGCCUUACCCUGUAUAUCUCCAGGAGUUUAUGGCUAUCCCAAUGAAAAAACUGCCCAUAAGUUAUAG